AUGAGUCAGCUUCGGACCACAAAGGCGGGGCUUGUGGCAUGUGGAGUGAUCUGCGCCUCCAUCUUUCUUUACUUACAGAAGCCAGGUCCCGAGGAGGCUGAGGAGGAGCCCACCCACCUGGCCGUGGUAGAAUGUGGCUUCUAUCCAGAUGAAUUGUGCUCAGCUUUAUUUGAAGGGAAAAAGGCAGCCCCCCAAAUCGCUCAAUUCUGCAAACACCCUCACAAUUCUGAAAUACUGGCUCAUUUGCACACACCCAGAAACUGUUCCAGGAUGACCCGGGGGCUGCAUUUCAUAACUAGACCCUUAUCUGCAGAAGAGGGUAACUUCCCUUUGGCAUAUGUUAUAAGCGUUCAUAAAGAGCUGGCUAUGUUUGUGAGGCUUCUCAGAGCAAUUUACGCACCUCAGAAUGUCUACUGUGUCCACAUUGAUGAAACGGCCCCAAAGACAAUUAAGGGUGCCAUGCAAACCUUCGCCAACUGUUUUGAAAACGUCUUUAUUUCAUCAAAGACACAGGAGGCGGUUCAUGACAGCCCUAAGAGGCUGCAGGCAGAGAUUAACUGCAUGAGAGACCUCGUCCACUCCACACUUGAGUGGCGCUACGUCAUGAAUCUCUGCGGACAGGAAUUCCCAAUCAAAACCAACAGAGAAAUCAUCCACUACAUCAGAACCAAGUGGAAGGGUAAAAACAUCACUCCUGGGGUAAUCCCAUCCCCAAACACCAAACCCAAGACAGGCCAAAGGCCCCCUGAGCCCAGCCCCAAAGAAAAUACCUACACAUCUCCAAAUACAAGGUUCAAACAAAAACCACCCCACAACCUGACGGUUUACUCCGGAAGCUCUUAUUACGCACUUACAAGAAAGUUUGUAGGGUUCAUCCUGACUGACCCCCGUGCAAAAGACAUGCUGCAGUGGUCCAAAGACAUCCACAGCCCAGAGCAGCACUACUGGGUGACCCUGAACCAACUGAAAGAUGCUCCGGGUGCCACAAUGGAUGCUGCCUGGGAAGGAAACAUUCGAGCCACUAAACGGAGAAGAGAGAAAGGAGACGACCACAAGGGGUGUACAGGCCACGAUGCCCAAGACACCUGUGUCUACGGCCUGGGAGACCUGCCCUGGCUCAUCCAAUCGCCAGCUUUGUUUGCCACGUUUGAGCCGUCCACAGAACCACUGGUGGUGGCAUGUCUAGAGAGGUGGCACAGAUUCAAAGCUCUGCAGCAGGCUGAAGUCCCCACAGAGCCACACUGGCAAUUUCCCCAGGAAAGCCACUUCGACAGGCAACCCCACCACUAAGGG